UUGUAGUGAGACUGAGACCAGCGAGCUGCCAACUGCCAAGGGUAGAUCAGUCAGCUGGUCUGUGCUGUUAUGAUCAGUACAUUCUGUGUUUAAUUGUGUUAGUUGACAUUAUUCUGGCAUAUCUUGCUUUUAUUUUGUCACAGACAAAUUAAGGAUUUAAUACUAUGCUUUAACGGGCAAAAGGAAACUCAAAAGAAAAUGAAGAUGGAAAAUCAGGGUACAGGAACCCCCCCUGCCAGACCACCCCCUCCAACGGCUUCAGGUCCCCCACCUCCAUACGGAGACCCACUAGUAGGGCCGUGCCCAGGAAAUCAACCUGGAAUGCCCGGCCAAUGCGAUGCCCCGCCGCCGUACGCCCCUGCGCCUUAUGAAGGGGGUUACCCAACCGCCGCGGGAUACAUGCCUCCAGGUCCUCCGCAGGGGUAUGCCCAAGGUCCUCCUCCGCAGGGCUUUCACCUAAACUCGCCCCCGCAACUCUAUCCUGACAUAUCUCAGUUGCCACAACCUGAGGCAGUGCCCAUCGAUCCUAGGGGACCCCAACCUAGCUUUGGUCCUAACGUGGCACCUCCAGUGGUACCCCCGUCCCCAACGGCAUCCUCGCGGGUUCCUGUGCGUCCAGCGCCCUGCCCUCCAGUACACGUUCCCUCGGCGCCUUCGUCAGGGCUGGAUCAGCCUCCGUGGUGGGCUGCCCUUCGGGAUGGGGAAGCCCCUCCGAGCUGCGUGAUAUCCUGGAAGGGAGGAGAUGGUCUCAAGCUCUACUUCAUUCAGGAGGAAGGGCACGUGGUCUCCCCCAAAAAACCCUUAGGACUGACCGUCUACAAGAAAAUCAAGGGCAGAGGCGACGUCGUGGAAGAAUCUCUCUUGGGUAUGAUUGAAGUCGUCGGCUGCUGGCGACUGAGGCUGCACGGGAAAGACUCCUUUUGCCUCCAUACUUUUAACGAUACCUAUAUUUUCUUAGAUGAUUCCACGUGCCCAAGUAAGUCUGGACGGAUAGUCAUCUUGGAGCUGCCCCAAGACGUCUCGAAGACCAUGCGUUCAGAUCUGCUAGCUCUUCUUCAGGAGAUGACCGACCUUCGAGAGGAGCAGGAAGGUGUUGUUGACAAGAUCACGACAAAUGUUGGAGCAGUCUAUGAGGACAUCACCAAGAAGAUCAACCUAGCAGUGAAAGACGUGGUUCCUGGGGCGCACAAGAGCACUAAAUGGAUCAGAAAAGGCACGGGGUCCUUAGUUCGUAUGGGGGGCAAUCUAGUCUCCAAAGGACUGCACAUGAUUGCAGAUCACGCUCCAGCAUCACAGCCAGAGAAGGAGGAGGAGUCGCCCAUCCACUCAGCUCUUCUGGAAGGCCUCAGGAAAUUCCAAAGGGACCUGGAGAACAAAAUGAUCACGUACGUGGACUGAAGGUGAAAAAUUUGGACUUCCUUUCUUUUCGUGUUAUGGAGGAACUUGUCGAGUAUAACUUUCCACGCGAAGCAUAGAAGUUCAAGGAAGGAGGUCAAGAUUUGGGGGAAGAAUGACCCGAGUGGCCCUUUUCUCACGGAAUAUGCGUUGCCUUACAUGUAGUCGAUAAGCUUGAAACGGCCAAAUGUAAUAAUACGUCGCGGUGUUUCACCAGCAGUGCGUUUUCAAACUUAGGUGUGAACUCAAAGGAAUGCAAGUGUAGUAUUACGCAUAUAUACAUGCAAACACAAUGUGCUUUUUUCACCAGAAAGUAGGUUGCUUUUGAUUCUCCUUAGAAUUGAGAAGAAUACCAAAAAUAAAUAUAUAAAUUAAUUAAUAAAUUGCUGAUAAUGAAAUUCCGCACCACUCGUUUGUAACUAUGGGGGAAUAUGUGAUGUUGUUCAUCAAUGGUUUUACUCAUGGUACACAUUCUUGGACUUCAGUUAGGAGAUUACCUCUUCUGGAACCUUCUGACUGUCCAUGGAACGUGUUUAUCGUAAUGUUACAUAAAAGAAAAUAAGUUAAAAUUGAUGCAAUGCUGUUAUUCCAGUACCAUUAAAUUUUGUAGUGCUUAUCUGAUGUUUAGGGUUCAACUGAAAUCCUAAAACUGUACCGAGAAAAAAAAAUUGAAAGACUUAACAUUGCCAAAAUUUAUUCUAUGGUCGUGGUUGAACCGAUUACAAGAGAAAGUUAAGUUAUAGCAAGAGUUUAUAAGAUAAUAUUGUACACUGAAAUUAUGAAGCAAAAACCUAUUGCUUUCUGAAACGUAGUAAUUCUCAGCUAUCAUUGGUACUGUACAUGGAAAUAUCAGGCAUUGUUGAACAUUGUUAUUGAAAUGUUAACCUUUGUCCACGAAUCGUGUUUUGUUGUGCCAUUUGAUGUUCAAAAUCAAAGUCCUGACACAACAAGACACUGCAAACGAUUUUGCUGUAAAAUAUUGAAUUUAUCAUUCUAAAGAAUAAUGUGAUUUUGUUUGUCAUGAUACUACAGGAGGAUGAUAUUAAAUAGUAAUCACAUUUCAUUUUUGUUCAGAGAAUUGAACUUUACAUAUAAAGAAAUUGGAAAAAUUAGAAACGACUAACCAAGUCCAUUUACUCUGUUGCAUUGUUAGUCAGAGGCUAAAUUUUUCUUAUCUAUGAGGUACCUUGAGCUCAUUUUGCUGAAAGAAAGGUCUGCAACUGCAAGAGCAGGUAUCUGCACCAAUGGAGACUUAUAUCAUUCAGUGUACUGGACUUUUUAUCAAGUUCAGUAUAGAAAUUUACAAUAUAUGAGUUAAUAUCUGCUGUGGAAAAAUGCAGUUAACAGUAAAUGGAUUAAUUCCUGCUAUUAGAAUGAAGUCGACAGUUUUUUUUAAGUUUUCCCUGCUUUUCCUUCACUCAAUAAAUUGUUCAGUAUCUCUCAGAUCACAUUCUACGAUAAAACUUUUGUCUGAACGGUCAUAAUAAAUACCUUGCAAUCUCUCUAACCCACUGGAUUUAAAGAUGUAUUUUCUGUAGGCAUAAUGAUCACUUAUUUUUGUAGUUAAACAGAUUGCAGUAGUAGAGAAAUUGUAUUCUUCUACUCACUUUCAAUUGGAUAAGACACAUUUAGAACUAAUCUUGUCAUAACUACAGUUUUCACCCAGAUGAGAGUUUGAAUACCUAGCUCAUCAGUCUGGUCAAGAUACUUCAUAAAAAUCACGAUAUUGUAAAUAAUCAUUAUGUAUUUAACUUUAUAGUUGUCGACUCAAAUGCACGACAGCCUUAGUUGCAAUGAUAUAAACGAUAACCAGAAUGCUUUGCUGUUUAAAGUGCCUUUUACAUUGGCUUGUGUAGAUCCUAUUGUAUAUUGAUCUUGUCGUCAUAUCAGCUACAGAGUUUUACUGAAUAUUUGUGUUCUUAUGGAAAGUGGCAGUUGGUUUUUGAAAGGUUAAUAAUCUAUUCUGGUGUUCAUGGCAGCUUUUUAAUACUGUUGUUGGCUCCACUGUAAGGUGUGUUUACCUUGUUAAUUUUCAGGUGUUCAUUUUAUUUCUGGAAAUUAUAAAUACAGUUUUCCACAGUAAAAGAAGCUUUGACUGAACUUCAGAAAUACAACUUUCAAAAUGUUAAAGUUCUGUUGCAGAGUUUAAGAAUAUAGAGUGAGUGAUUUGGUGAUAAUGUAAAUGUUUCUGUAGACCUUCGUUUUAUAAGUUAUAAUCUGUUUUUAUUAACCUGAAAAGCUAGAAAUAAUUACUAUAGAACAACUGCCUCGUAUUCUCGCAUACUAUUCCUCCCAUUGGAACCAAACUUUCCUGAAACUAGUUUAGAAAACUGCUACUAACUCAUAUUAAACUUAAGGCGAAGACAACGUCUAAAUCUCAUUUGCUUCCUAUGAUUCUCAUUGUAAAUGUAUUUUUGCAAAGUGUGGCUUAGUUUAUUGAAUAAAUCUCAUCUCAUUUUUGGAA